UUCCCAUCCUCACGCCUCUCAUCACUAUCUCGUGCCAUUCGAAUUUUCUCGAGAAAAGUCACGGAGAAAUGGCUCCGUAGCUGACUGACAACUCUGACAUUUUCGAAUUCUCCUUUCUCUCCUCUUCAUCAGAUUUUUGGAGUGAUGGCGCAGCCAAGGUACACUAGGAUUGACAACAACAAUAGGAGGCCUUCGUCGAGUUAUUGCUCUACGGUGACUAUAGUUGUGUUUGUGGCACUAUGUUUAGUGGGGAUUUGGAUGAUGACGUCAUCAUCACUUGGACCAGCUGAGAGUGUUGAUGUGGUUGAUGUGGAUAACAAAGAUGGGAUCAAGAAUCAGAUGACACCUCCACCUGUGGAGGAAAGUAAAACACCAAAGGAGGAGAGCUCAAGCAAGGAAGAGAAAACUAAAGAAGAGACUAAAAGUGAGGAAAAUGAUUUGAAAGACAACCCUGAUGAGGAGAAUCCUGACUCUAAUGAAAAGGAGACUAAGCCGGAGACGACGGAGGAUAAUGAGUCUGGUGAGGACCAAAAGGCUGACGAAAGUGAGAAAAAGUCCGGUGACGAUGAUAAAGAAACAGGCAAUGAAGGUGGUGAAACAAAGCCUGAGAAGGAAAACAGUAAGACAACUGUGGAGCAAGAGAGUCAACCUAAAAACGAGACUUCAGGUGAGAUUUCGGCUCCUGGGGCACAGUUAGAGCUGCUUAAUGAAACUAUUGCACAGAAUGGUUCGUUUUCAACUCAGGCAACAGAGUCCAAAAAAGAGAAAGAAGCUCAGAAGAGUUCUGGUGAGCAGAUUGAUUUCAAAUGGAAGGUCUGCAAUACUACUGCCGGGCCGGAUUAUAUUCCUUGUCUUGAUAAUGUGCAAGCCAUUAGGAGUCUUAAGAGUACUAAACAUUAUGAGCAUCGUGAGAGGCAUUGCCCGGAUGGCCCACCUACCUGUCUCGUUCCUUUGCCUGAAGGAUAUAAGCCGCCAAUUGAGUGGCCUAAAAGUAGAGAAAAGAUCUGGUACACCAACGUGCCUCAUACCAAGCUUGCUGAGUAUAAGGGGCAUCAAAAUUGGGUUAAAGUGACUGGUGAGUAUCUAACUUUUCCUGGAGGAGGAACUCAGUUCAAGCAUGGUGCUCUUCAUUACAUCGAUUUCAUACAGGAGUCUGUCCCUGAUAUCGCGUGGGGUAAACGCUCACGUGUGGUCUUGGAUGUUGGAUGUGGUGUUGCAAGCUUUGGAGGUUUCCUCUUCGACAGAGACGUGAUCACGAUGUCCCUUGCGCCUAAAGAUGAACACGAAGCUCAAGUGCAGUUUGCUCUUGAGAGAGGCAUUCCUGCUAUUUCUGCAGUGAUGGGCACUACAAGGCUACCUUUCCCUGGCAGAGUUUUCGACAUUGUUCACUGUGCUCGCUGUAGAGUGCCAUGGCACAUAGAAGGUGGAAAACUCCUUCUAGAGCUAAACCGUGUAUUGAGACCCGGAGGCUUCUUUGUGUGGUCUGCUACUCCUGUUUAUCAGAAGAAGACAGAAGAUGUUGAAAUUUGGAAAGCUAUGAGUGAACUCACUAAGAAAAUGUGUUGGAAACUCAUAUCGAUAAACAAGGACAAGAUCAACGGAGUUGGUGUAGCUACUUACAAAAAGCCUACUUCAAAUGAAUGCUACACAGGCAGAUCAGAACAAGAGCCUCCAAUUUGUGCCGACUCUGAUGACCCAAAUGCAUCUUGGAAAGUCCCACUUGAAGCAUGCAUGCACCCCGCACCAGUAGAAACCGAACGUGGAUCUCAGUGGCCGGAGCAAUGGCCAGCGAGAUUAGAUAAACCACCGUACUGGUUAUCGAGUUCGCAGACCGGAGUUUAUGGAAAAGCAGCACCAGAGGAUUUCACCGCUGAUUAUGAUCACUGGAAACGAGUUGUGACCAAAUCAUACCUUAAAGGUUUAGGAAUUGACUGGGGAACUGUUAGAAACGUCAUGGACAUGAAAGCUGUUUAUGGAGGAUUUGCAGCGGCUCUUAGAGAGUUGAAAGUGUGGGUGAUGAAUGUGGUUCCAAUAGAUUCACCAGACACACUAGCAAUAAUCUAUGAGCGUGGACUGUUUGGUAUCUACCACGAUUGGUGUGAAUCUUUCAGUACUUACCCGAGAUCAUAUGAUCUUCUUCACGCAGACCAUCUUUUCUCCAAACUCAAACAAAGGUGCAAUCUGACGGCGGUUGUUGCGGAGGUGGAUAGGGUUCUGAGACCGGAAGGGAAGCUGAUAGUGAGGGACGAUGCGGAGACGAUACGAGAAGUGGAAGUAAUGGUGAAAGCGAUGAAAUGGGAAGUGCGUAUGACUUACUCUAAGGAAAAAGAAGGUUUGCUUUCUGUUCAGAAGUCAAUGUGGCGACCCAAAGAUGUAGAGACUCUUACUUACGCUAUCGCCACUUGAGAAAACAAGAAACUUAGUUCGAGUCUUUUUGUACGUAAACAGACUCCUUUGUUAAACUUUGUCGUCAUUUAGGAAAUUCAUUUUAUUUUGUCUGAGUUGAGUCGUUUGUUUGUGCUAUUUUUGCACUUGUUUUUUCGUCUUGAAGAAGAUGAACGUUCUUGACGUUUCUAUGGUUAAGUUAGAUUACAGUGAGAGCAUAUAUUCAAGCACAUAUUAAUAUGAUAAACUGAAAUAAAUCUUAAUGACUCGAACCUCAGACAUAUCUAACUCACGCACGCCCAACGUGAUUUGUGUAUGCGUUAAUAUUCAGUUCAACUUGAUAGAUUUAAAUGGUUAUGACAAUUGAUAACUUUGAUGUCCAGAGAUAGAUAGAUACAUUGUUGGGUUUAUAUAAGAAUGGAUACAAACAAACAAAACAUGAUCACCAUUUCCAGAAAACAUUGGAACCACACUUGAACUUGUCUUUGCCUUCACAUUCCAAAGCCAAAUCUUCUGAGAUAAAUGGCACUUUCUGCAUUUACAUUAAAAAAAACAAGAAGAUGAAUUAACAUCAUAUCUACUCUAUCAACUGUCUCCUAAAGAAAAAAAAGGUUGACUAUUAGGAAUGACCUUUUGCUUGGCAAGAUCUUGGCAACCAGUGAAAUUCUCAGGGAACUUGCAGCUUCCGAAUUGAACAGUGAAUGCUCUCGCAAAGUU